AAAUGCGUGUUUCAUUACACUAAAGAUCAGAUCAAUGGCUUCCAUUAUUGUAGCAAUCAUGGAGCUUUUCCCCGUUUCCAUCUUCCUUUUCUUGACAUUCCUCUUCAUCAAAUCAAUCAUUAAAAAGCUCGAUCGCCACCGGCUCCAAUCCAACGCGCAAGUCCCAGGCCCAAAAAACCUCCCCAUCAUCGGCAGCAUUCACCAUCUCCUCGGCCGCCGUCCUCCCCAUCGUGCACUAUACGACCUCUCCCUCAUCUACGGCCCCAUCAUGCGCCUAAAACUAGGGGAGGUCCACACCGUCAUCAUUUCCUCUGCCGAAGGAGCCAAAGAAAUCAUGCAGACCCACGACAUCAACUUCGCCUCACGCCCCAUCACCCCCAGCGUCGAUGCCCUCUUCUACAAUGGCAAAGGCCUCAUCUUCGCUUCAUAUGGCGAGUUUUGGCGCCAGAUGCGUCGAAUCUGCAACAUGGAGCUUCUCAGCUCGAAGCGUGUCCACUCCUUCCGUGCCAUAAUAGCGCAAGAGGUCUCCCACCUUGUUCGAUCUGUUAAUCUUGCAGCUUCUGCUGGCGCUGACAUCAACCUAAGCAGUGAGUUUGCCAACCUCGGCAACAACAUCAUGGCAAUCUCUGUUAUCGGCAGUCGGUGGGAGGACCAGAAUUUGUUCCAGUCGGCGCUUAGAGAAAUAGUAGAGUUGACCACAGGUUUCUCCUUGAUUGAUCUAUUCCCAUCGAUGCCCAAUUUCAUCACCCGCAUCGCAGGUUUUCCACAAAAGCUUGAGCGAUGUUCGCAGAAGUUGGACCAAAUAAUGGAAAAAAUAUUGCAAGAACACAUUGAGAAGAGGGCAAGAAACUUAGUGCAAGCAGAGGAUCUCACAGAUGUUCUUCUCAAAAUCCAACAAGAUGGCAACCUUCAAUUCUCUCUCUCCAAUGAUAACAUCAAGGCUAUCAUCAACGAUAUUCUUUUGGCUGGAAGCGAAGCGAUGGCAACUACCUUAGAAUGGGCAAUUUCGGAGCUAAUUCUCAGCCCGAUGAUCAUGAAGAAGGCUCAGAGAGAGGUGAGAGAGGUGUUCCGCUGCGACAUGACGAAGAUAAUGGGAGACGAGGAGUGGAUGAGCAACAAGCUUAGCUAUUUGCAACUGGUGAUAAAGGAGACAUUGCGGCUACACACUCCGGCGCCAUUUUUGCUGCCAAGGGAGAACAAAGAGAGGUGCAAGGUGAUGGGCUAUGACAUUCCAGUAAGGACGACGGUGAUGGUGAACGCGUGGGCAAUAGCAAGGGAUCCUGAGUAUUGGGACAAACCGGAAGUCUUUUGGCCGGAGAGGUUUGAGGAGAAUCAUGUUGAUAUGAAGGGAGCUCACUUUGAGAUGAUACCCUUCGGUGCUGGGAGGAGAAUUUGCCCAGGGAUGCAUUUCGCAUUGACCACAGUGGAGAUGGCCCUCGCAUAUUUAUUAUACUUUUUUGAUUGGGAGUAUUCAGCUAAGAAUGGAGAGGAGCUUGACAUGAGUGAAGAUUUUGGACUUUCAAUUAGGAGAAAGACACCUCUUUGUUUAUUAGCCACACCUACUCCUGCGACCCUGCCUAGUAGCGCUGGCGCUCUCGCCUCUCGAGUCUCGGUUCGAGCCUUGUUGUGCGUUCGCGCUGGUGUUCUCGAGUCAACUGGUCAAGCCCCACCUCCAAAAGAAGACCUGCUAGGCGCCAGGCUGCCUCACUCCGUCUCCACUAGUCCACAUGAAUCCUUGAUGGCGUCUCAGCAACUAUGCCCCCGGGUUUGCGGAUCUACAAUAACUAGUUGCCGUUAUUGUGUCGCAAGCAUGGAGCUUUUCCCCGCUUCCAUCUUCAUAUUCUUAACAUUCCUCCUCAUCAAAGCAGUCACCAAAACGCUCAAUCGCCGCCGACUCCAAUCCAACGCGCAAGCCCCAGGCCCAAAAAACCUCCCCAUCAUCGGCAGCAUUCACCAUCUCCUCGGCCGCCGCCUUCCCCAUCGUGUACUAUGCGACCUCUCCCUCAUCUACGGCCCCAUCAUGCGCCUAAAACUAGGGGAGAUCCACACCGUCAUCAUUUCCUCUGCCGAAGGAGCCAAAGAAAUCAUGCAGACGCACGACAUCCACUUCGCCUCACGCCCCAUCACCCCCACCGUCGAUGCUCUCUUCUACAACGGCAAAGGCCUCAUCUUCGCUUCAUAUGGCGAGUUUUGGCGCCAGAUGCGUCGAAUCUGCACCAUGGAGCUUCUCAGCCCGAAGCGUGUCCACUCCUUUCGUACCAUAAUAGCGCAAGAGGUCUCCCACCUUGUUCGAUCUGUUAAUCUUGCAGCUUCUGCCGGGGCUGACAUCAACCUAAGCAGUGAGUUUUCCAACCUCAGCAGCAACAUCAUGGCAAUCUCUGUUAUCGGCAGUCGGUGCAAAGACCAGAAUUUGUUCCAAUCGGCGCUCAGAGAAACAGUAGAGUCGAACACAGGUUUCUCCUUGAUUGAUCUAUUCCCAUCGAUGCCCAAUUUCAUCACCCGCAUCGCUGGUUUUCGACAGAAGCUUGAGCAAUGCUGGCUGAAGUUGGACCAAAUACUGGAAAAAAUACUGCAAGAGCACAUUGAGAAGAGGGCUAGAAACUUACUACAAGCAGAGGAUCUCACAGAUGUUCUUCUCAAAAUCCAACAAGAUGGCAACCUUCAAUUCUCCCUCUCCAAUGAUAACAUCAAAGCUGUCAUCAACGAUAUUCUUUUGGCUGGAAGCGAAACAACGGCAACUACCUUGGAAUGGGCAAUUUCGGAGCUAGUUCUCAACCCGACGAUCAUGAAGAAGGCCCAGAGAGAGGUGAGAGAGGCGUUCUGCUGCGACAUGACGAAGAUCAUAGGAGACGAGGAGUGGACGAGCAACAAGCUUAGCUAUUUGCAACUGGUGAUAAAGGAGACAUUGCGGCUACACACUCCGGCGCCCUUGUUGCUGCCAAGGGAGAACAAAGAGAGGUGCAAGGUGAUGGGCUAUGACAUUCCAGUAAAGACGACGGUGAUGGUGAACGCGUGGGCAAUAGCAAGGGAUCCUAAGUAUUGGGACAAACCGGAAGUCUUUUGGCCGGAGAGGUUUGAGGAGAAUCAUGUUGAUAUGAAGGGAGCUCACUUUGAGAUGAUACCCUUCGGUGCUGGGAGAAGAAUUUGCCCAGGGAUGCAUUUCGCAUUGGCCACAAUCGAGAUGGCUCUCGCAUAUUUAUUAUACUAUUUUGAUUGGGAGUAUCCAGCUAAGAAUGGAGAGGAGCUUGACAUGAGUGAAGCUUUUGGAAUUUCAAUUAGGAGAAAGACACCUCUUUGUUUAUUAGCCACACCAAGGAUUUCAUUUUUUGGUGCCCGCGAGUAUGCUUAACGCACCUGAAUUUGCAGCAUCGGAAUAACACAUGAGUGGCAAACAAAAUUUUGAACUACCCUGUUUCUUGGAGUAACAAAUAGCUAAAUAAAAUUUUUGGAGUAAAAGUUAGUCAAUCAUGUUAAUUAUAUUGUGAUAAGUGUUAGGAUUGAUUGAUCCGAUUUUAAUUAUAUUGCUCCAUGACCAUGAGGCAUCAUAUUUGUGUAAAUUCUUAUGAAUAGAAUGUAUAUGUUAAUGUAAAGUUUUGGAAAAAAAUGAAAUAAAACUUUGGGUAG